CCCCGCGUCUCCGCCAGGGCAGCGUGCGCGCUGGGAGCCGCCGAGCCGCCGCCCGGCCUGUCCCCGCUCCGCCGCCCGCAGCGCUUCUCCCUUCGCCGCUCCGGGGCCGCCUGGCGGGGGGUGAAUAGACCAGCCGGGCGCGCCCCCGCCCGCCCUCCCUCCUCCCCUCCCUCCUCCCCUCCCUCCCCGUCCCUUCCUCUCUCCGCCUGGUGCCGCCACCGCCGAGGAGGAGGAGGAACAUGGCGAAAGCGGAGCAGGUCCUCAGCCUCGAACCGCAGCACGAGCUCAAAUUCAAAGGUCCUUUCACAGAUGUUGUUACUACAAAUCUGAAACUCGGCAAUCCUACAGACAGAAAUGUGUGCUUCAAAGUUAAGACCACAGCACCACGUAGAUACUGUGUAAGGCCUAACAGUGGAAUUAUCGAUGCAGGAACAUCAAUUAAUGUUUCUGUGAUGCUACAGCCUUUUGACUAUGACCCUAAUGAGAAAAGUAAACACAAGUUUAUGGUUCAGUCUAUGUUUGCUCCAGCUGAUACUUCAGACAUGGAAGCAGUAUGGAAAGAAGCAAAACCGGAAGAACUCAUGGAUUCGAAACUUAGGUGUGUGUUUGAGCUACCAGCCGAAAAUGAUAAACCUCAUGACAUAGAAAUAAAUAAAAUUGUAUCCACAACUGCAACAAAGACAGAUUCCUCUGUAAUGUCUAAAUCAGUAAGUUCUUCUUUGGAUGACACUGAAGUUAAGAAAGUAAUGGAAGACUAUAAGAGGCUUCAAGUAGAAGUUCAGAGGUUACGGGAGGAGAAUAAACAGUUUAAGGAAGAAGAUGGACUGCGGAUGAGAAAGGCACCCCAGACAAACAACCCAAUAUCUGCUUCUGCAGCUGCUGUUAAGGAUGAAGGGCUCAGCUCCAGACUACUUGCUUUGGUGGUUUUGUUCUUUGUCUUUGGUGUAAUUAUAGGAAAAAUAGCCUUGUAGAGGCAGCAUGCUGGAAAUUGUAAAUUGGUUUGAUGGUUCUGCCAUAUCAUUGGAUUAAAUUUAUUCAUAACAAUGUUUAAAAAAAAAAAAAUUAAUGUAUGACAUCUCACAGGUCUUGCCUUUAAAUUACCCCUGCACAAAUACUAUGUAACAUAAUCUAGAAAGUUUAAAAUGUACAAUGAAUGAAUGAAAGAAAAUAUGCUUCAGUGAUGAAGGUGGGGAGAAAAUCAUGAUUUAACACUACAAUGGAAUAUUGUAUAUGUCAUUUUAAACAUUCUUAGACCCUGGUAUAUGUUGCUGGAUUACCUCUUUUUAAAAAAAAAAAGGAAAAAAAAAAAAAGGAAAAAUAGAACAAACUAUUCCUCCACUGCUGGAGCUGGCCCUAUUGGAUGUUUGGAGCUGGGUUAGGCAGGAGGUGUUGAUAACUUCUGUAAAAUACGUUAAUUCACCAUUCUGCUCAUAAAUUUAACAGUUUCUGUCAGUGUCUUCAACUCUGUGCAAGUUACCAAUUUCUUGGCACUUAAAUGAAUAGUGAGAAGCUGAAAAGAAUUGUAUGUGGCAAUGCUGAAUGUGCUAGGCAUCAUUAAGAGGCAUAUAUUGACUGGUAUGACACUCAUUUGGAAUAAAGGUCAAUGCCUUGUUCUCAUAAAGGGACCAAGCUACAUUGCUGUUGGUUCAUUUAGUUGAAUUAAAAUGUUAUUCAGAGAUGUUUAAUGCAUAUUUAACUUAUUUAAUGUAUUUCAUCUCAUGUUUCCUUAUUGUCACAAAAUUGACUAAUACUAUAUGGUAUGAAAAGGCACCUGUUUAAAGCCAGUGACUAGAACUAAAAAUUUGCUGCUGUAGUGAUGCAAGAUUCUUCUGCCUCCUGGUAUUUUGGGCACUACACAAUUGUUGGGAGUUUUGAUCAUCUGAGCAUUGGAGAAACAGUGGUCAGGAAACUGUUUUUGUAUGUAAAUAAGUCUAUCUAGGGGAAAAAAUAUUAGUAGUAAACUAGUCCUAUGCCGUAAAAGACCAAUCCUGUUUGACUAUGUAGCAUCUUAAAAAAAAAAGGAAAAAAAAAAAAAGAAAAGAAAAAUUAAAUAAAGCCCCCAAAUUAAUGUUUCCUUUGUUACUUUUGUCAUGUUCUCACACUUUCGGGGGGGGGGGGAGGAACAGUAUUCUCUGUCUACCUUGUUUAUGGCAUAAGGAAACUUGCAGCCUUGUUUAAGGAUGAAUUUUUUUUUUUCCAGCCUAAUUUUAAAAUAAAUCCAAACAGCCCCAUCAUCAGCCUGAUAUACAUAAGUGUUCAAAGUAACGAUGCUGACUGCUGAGGUACAAGUCUUGCUCUUCCCUGACUGCCUGUCUCUGACUUCUGGCCCACGGGAAUGCUCUGUGGCUGCACCCAGAGCCUGGCAGAAGCACUCCCUUCACAUAGAUGUCUUAACUCUGGUCCCAGAUGCCUUUUCCCAUCCGAGGUAACAACUCACCUUUCUGCUUCCUGUUUGAUCAAAUGUGUUCCUUCUUCCUCUUCACUCUGUGUAGUUUGGAGCAAUGAGUCUUGUCAACCAUCUGUCUCCAGCUUUUUUCUGCUGUUUCAAUGCAGCAUAUUUAUUUUUAGUAAAUAAUAGGCUUUUAUGUUCAGUGUGGAUUGUUUAUCAAAUGAAGCACUAGCUCAAUGCUGUUAAUAUAUCCCAAAGUGUUUUAAAACUUGUUGUGUUUUGUUUCAGUUUAAGAAUUGUUUGGGAAUCUAGAAUGCAAAAUACAUUCUGAGGUAUUGUAAACAGGGGGGCAUGAAGAUGGCUAAUUGGAAAAAUAAGUUACUGUUAAUUAAGCUGUGAACAGGAGAUCAAACCCAUGACUAUGUCAGCCAAACUCAGCUCGUGCUUUAAAUUUUUGUCCCUGCUAGAGAAACAGAAAAUUGCAAAGGCAACUUGUCUGAGUAGCUUAUGAUACUAAAGAAGGUACGAAAGACUUUCAUGCUUCGACUCGGUAUAGGAAGCUAGUAAAUGUAUUCAGAGUGUUUGAAAAUUAUUUUAUUUUUCUUUGCUUUUUUUGAGUGGUUAAAAAAUGAUUAAACUUUUGCAAAGUAUUCUGUAAGAAGUGAAUGGGAAAGUUUUCCAAGACACAUGUGCCCAUUACCAUUGACUUUCAGCUGGUACUAACCUGCCAGUGCAUGUUAGCUUGGUUUUCUUCACAGGUACAAUAAAAAGGUAUAUAUUUAUUUUACAGUUGAAAGGAAUCCAGUAGUCAGGACUGAUGUUCAUUGUCUAGGUCCUAGACCUGUUUUUUUUUAAUGCAGUGUUAGACAUGAAACAUGAAUUUACUUGGUUUUGUCUUGUUCAUGUCAGAUAAAGAUAAAUGAAUUGCAGAACUAGGAAGUUGGAAUCCUGAUUACUUUCAAGCUUGGCAUGCAGCCAUGUGAAAUGCUAAUAAAUGUAAUUGGUGCUUCAAAAGGGCACAGCUGAGCAAAUUUCUUAUCAAAUCUGGUAGUGAAGAAGAAAUUAGAUGGAAAACUGAAUUAGAAUUGGCAGUUUUCUAAGUGAAAGGUGUUAAAUGGCCAAAACCCCAAUAAUUUUGCAAUCGAGAAGGGGGACAACUUUGCCUAACUGCCCAUCCUGUUUCAGUAACGAAAUGAAGGUGGAAAUUAGAUGUAAAGUAAUAUAAAACAAAUAAGAAAAAGGGAAGCAGACAGCAAUCAACUCAAAAUGAGAGUUACGAAGUGUAGAAAAUUAAUAAGGCAAGCAAUAGCCAGAGGAAAAAAAAAAAGUAUGGGUUGGAGUGCUUGGAGAGGCUGAUAAAAGAGCAGAAGUUCAGAGGAAAUCUUUGUGGUAGGGUAAGGACUAUUACUAGAUGCAGGUGGUAAAGCUGCUAGUGAUGGUGUAAGAAUUGGAAAGGUGAUGUCACUCAUUAGCAAUGCUUAAUAUUAAAAACCAAUAUUUUUAAAUCCAGUAGGUCUAGAAACCUUGUAUCUGUAUUUCUAAGGGAGAUGCCUGGGGCAGUCUCUGACCUGCUGAUAAGGAUGGCAAACAGGACAGGACAGGACGGCCCAGGUGAAGUGUGUAGCUAGCUUGACACUCCCAGGGAAGGGAUGAAAAAGGAGAUGAAGGAGCGUAAUGUAAGUCAUUUCAUUCUGUCUUUUGUUUUUCAGUUUUCUUUGGGAUUAGACUGAUGUGAGUGUAUCUGGGCCCCUGCAAAGCUUGGUGUGUUCUGACAAUCACACGUUUCAGAAGUGGUCGUUCAAAGAGAACCGUAGCAAAAUGGGGAUACUCAUAGAAGGGUUCUGCUGGGACCCCAUAUGAUUCAGUGGUUCCAGAUCACUGGUGAAAAUAGAUACAAAAUCACUACUGAUAAAAUGUUAACAUGACAAAAAUAUCCAUACCCAGGACCAGAGUGAGUAAGAGCUCCACAUGUGUUCCCAGUGCAGUCCCAGGGUAAAAGACUAAUGAAUAAGAGUGUGUUCUUGGUUUUAAUUACCGUUAGCAGUAAGUGAUUAUACUUCUGUGUGUCUCAGCUGUGAGAGUUGGGAAUUUUGGAUGCAACUUGGAUAUUUACAUUUUAAAAGAGAAGCUGAGUAAUUACAAUGGAUGCAAAAAAAAGAUUCAAAAAUUACUGGUGGAGUGUGAAAAUGCCUUAGAGAGGGCGAGAGACAAAACUCAGUUGGAUGAGUUUAUCUACCAAAAUUGAGAAUGUCUUGAUGACAGUGCAUAGGUACCUUCACGGGGAGAAAAUACUGAUCACUGCAGCUCUUUGAUCUUAAAAAGAGCAACACAAGAACCACUGCCUGGCAAUCAAAGCCAGGCAAAUUCAAAUUGGAAAAAGGCACAAAUUCUUAAGAGAGAAUAACUGUAAUUUAGGAAUGUUUCUCCAAAAACUGUGAACAGAACAAUAAAAGUUAUGAUAUUUAUGCUAA